CUCAGGCGGCUGCUCCGCCCGCUGGGCCAGGCUGUUUUUUGUGCAGUGGCGCGUCACACUGGCGUUGCUGCGCAUCAAUGGUCAUUAUUGCGGAGCAGGAUGGCCGCCAAGACCUACACAUUUCUGGACGUACUACAACGUCACCGUCAUGAUAGUGUUCACCACUUUCAAGAUGUUAAGCCUGGUUCUUUGUACUUCUGACAGCUUGCGAGACCCCGGCGAAUCCUAUUUUUCGGGGCUGAUUGCCGGGGACAUCUUGGCCAAGUGCUUGUUCUCUAUAGUACUGCAGGUGGUGUUGAUCCGGCGCCGCUUUGAGCUGACUGCCGUGGUUCAGUGCCUGGUCAGCUAUUCGGCGUCCUGCUCACCCUCUCUCCCUUCGUCUCGUCGCAUGGCUCUGGUCCUGGCGUGGUUCUUAGUCACCUCAUUGGGCCUAUUCGUCUUCGGCUUUGCUGCCGGUGACCCAUUCACAGAAAGCCUCUGGAAGUCAUUCAUGUACAUUGUCACCGACGUCCUGCCCACACUUCACACGGCGCUGAUCGAGCUUGCCAUUGUGGCCGUGCACACCGCCUGCGUGUUUCUCGGCCAGGACAUUGCCGACAACGUCCGGGGUCAGGUUUGUUCCCUGACCAUGCGAGACAGGAGGCAGGGGAGCUUGAGUUUCCAGGAGGACAUGGAGACGGCACUGCAGCUGCGGACGCUCCGAAUGCGGCAGCAGGUCUUGCACGACAUAGUGCGGGCCAGCAAUCGUGCACACGCCGCUGCUAGUCUCUACUGCCUUUUCAUAACUGUGAUGGAGGGCUCCAUCUGCUCGUUCGUCGGCAUCGCAGACUUUCGCUUGGAAUUCCUCGUCUGGGGUGUUGUCCUAGUGAUGAAGUUCGUCUCCAGCUGUAUCCUGGGCCAACAACUCUGUGAAAUCCAUUCCCGAAUAUCCGACACGCUUCAGGGGUUCCUAGUGAGCUACUCUUCCAUAGCCGAUGGAACAAGGAGAGAAGUGCAGGGUUUCCGCCAUCAGGUUGAGAUGCAAGACUGCCGCUGCGGGGUCUACGACCUUCUGUACUUCGACUUCCCCACACUGAAAGCGGUGAUCGGCACCUACAUGACCUGCUUGGUCAUCCUGUCCCAGUUCAAUUACGAAGAAAUAUAACACUGCAAGAAAAAGUGUGAAUAG